GAGCUUUCGGUUGCGCGCGGCUUCCCGCUCGAUACCCGCUGCGGCAAAAGCCGGUUAUCCGGUUCCGCCGUCGUCUGGUAGCGGGCAAAUGUCGCCGGCAUCGGAGGUGACGACGGCGGCAGCGGUGGCGGUGGCGGCGUCGACAAGGUAGUGGGAGCAGCCUCCGUUUUAUUUCUGUCCCGGCCUCGUCGGGACCGGCCUCGCGAGUGCGGCGUGAGUAUACCUCUCGCGCGUACGCGAGGAACGGACUCGCCGAACACGAGAACGAGAAGUGUCCGGGGGGCCAUAGUCGCGACAUGGAGGAGAGCUACACGGUGCACAGGCGUCGCAAGGCGGCCGCCAGGAAGCGCGAGAAGACACCCGACCCGUCGUCGAGGGGCGCGUCGCGCAUAGACACCACGGACGACGAGGACGAAGAGAGGCGCGCCCGGAUGGAGAGGAUGGCUGAGGAAGCGGAAAAAAUGGAGCGGCAGCAGGACACGCCGAAGGAACCGGAAGAUAAAAAGGAUAAGAAGAAAAACCAGCAGGAGCAACAGCCUGCCGUGAGAAGGAAAGAGAAGCAAGAUGCGAGGAAUUUCGCGAAUGUAGAUGACAUGGUCGCUAUACGCGCCGAAGUGGCCGCCAAGUCAGCUGGGAAUAGUCCGAAGACACGUGAGACUGACGCUGCCACCGCCGCCGCAACGGCGACUAGCGAUGACACGCGGCCGGUAAAGCAGACGGUGGAAGCGGCGAACAAGUCUGAAGACGGUACCACGAAGAAAGAAACGCUCAAGCCUGAAGCAAUCAAGGUCGUUCAGGAAAAGGUCGUCCAGGACACGCCAGAGACGCCGAAGGAGACAGUCAGCGUCGGCGAGACCGCGAAAUCUGGCGAAGUCCGCAAAGUGGAGAGACGCUUGAAGAGAAGGUCGAAAGAGCGCGUAGAGAGAUACAGUCGAUCAACGGACUCCAGCGAUGUGGAUGAGAAGAACGAACCCAGUCGAAGAAGAACGAAGUCGCCCGAGGUAGCGAGAGCCCGGCUGAAGAAGACGAGUGGCAAGAGUCGAGGUGGUAGCGAGUCAGAAGCACAGAAGAGGGAUGCCGAGAGACUGAAUCGCGAGAAGAGGUCAUCCAGCAGGCCGGAGAAGCUGGAGGACGCCGAACCUCGAGUGAAAGAGAACUCCGAGAAGUCGCAUUCGAGACCCUACAGCCAGACUGAGGACACGGAACCUGAGGAAUCGAGAAGCAUGAAGAAGAGCGAGAGCUUUCCGCAGAAGACCGUUGAAGAGCGCGUCGUCAAGAGGUCCUCGAGCGAUUUGAAGAAACAGAUCAUCCCGUUGAGCAAUGAUAGUCUGAUCGAGGACUUCGCGAGGGCGCAGAGGGAGUACCUGUUAAGGGAGCGCAGCAUUUUGGAUCCGGAACCCGCGGACGAGUUCCAAGACGCAGCCGAAGUGAGCCUUCUGAGGAAGCGGAAGUUCAGUUCGACGCCCACGGAGAGCGAACAAGAGAAGAUCGUCGAAGAGGUAGCGCAGUCCACCAAAAAGCAGAAGAGUUCGUGGUUUUCUUGGCUGACCUUUUGGCGCAGGAAGAAAGAGGAUAAAGAGGACAGGCAGGAUAAGGAUGUUGCAAUAGAGGAUGAGGUAGAGGAUGAGGUAGAGGAUGAACUGAAGCCAGCCGUGAAGCCGGUUGAAGAGGUGAAAAAAGUGACGAAGCAAGAAGUCCCGGAGAAGAUCACGUUGCUGGACUUCCUCAGGGCUCUGAAAGACGUCGUCAGCGAGUUCCAGGCCUUCGUGGCGCAAAACUCACGGGAGACGAUGAUCAUCAGAAGGAUGCGCAAUCGCUGCAUCGCCGGGUUGAUUCUCGUGAUCAUUUACUGCGGCCUCGGUGCUUUCGUCUUCCGGUUCGUCGAAGGCGCCUUCGAGACCUUCUACAAGUGCGGCGUGAAACGUGUGAAGAGGGAUUUCUUGGACAGCCUGUGGAACUAUAGUCAUAAUUUGCGGGAGGACGACUGGAAGAGUAUGGCGCGCAAGAAGCUGAUGGAGUUCGAGGAGCAGCUGCACACCGCGCACGAAGCCGGCGUGCACAGCUACAGCGGUCAGAAGAACUGGAGCUUCUUGAACGCGGUCGGGUAUUGUCUUUCUGUCAUCACCACCAUCGGAUACGGACAUAUCUCACCGAGCACGAACACGGGUAGAGCCAUCACGAUCGUUUAUGCGAUUUUCGGUAUCCCGAUGUUCCUCAUCAUCUUGGCCGACUUUGGUAAAUUAUUCACGCGCGGUAUAAAGUUCCUGUGGGCGUUCGUGAGGAGGCUGUACUACACCGGCAGCUGCCGUAAAGUUCGUGGCACUGUGCCCGUUCAGGAAGUCAUGAAAGGCGUGCAGCUCGUGUACGAUCUCGCGAAGUUCCGGAGGCCCUCGCAGAUGAAUCCGGAGGAGAUCGAGGAGAUGCAGAAGCAACAGGCACAGCAGCAGCCGCAGACAGUUCUGAAUCUGGACGCGAACGCGCCGGACUCGCCGGGAACACCCGCGUUGUCGGCGUUCGCCGUCGACGACGAGUUUAACUUGCCGAUAUCAGUGGCGAUAUUCAUCCUGCUGGGCUACAUAUUCGUAGGCGCGACCUUAUACUACAUGUGGGAGGACUGGGGCUUCUUCGAGAGCUUCUACUUCGUCUUCAUCUCCAUGAGCACCAUCGGCUUCGGCGAUUACGUGCCAAAGAUGCACCCCAUAUACAUGAUGUGUUCGAUAGUAUACCUGGUGUUCGGCUUGGCGCUCACGUCUAUGUGCAUCAACGUCGUACAGGUGAUGCUGUCGGACUCGUUCAAGCAAGCGAGCCAGAAGAUCGGAGCCACGAUCGGCUUCGAGGUUGCUGAGGACGACAACUCGGUGAAACCCGCGGCGCCGCCGCCUAUCGAGGUCGCAGACGUUCAUGUGAGCAUGAAGGAGUCCGAAAGCGGCGAGAAGAUCGCGCCCAAAGCCAAGCAAGAGGACGUCGAUUUGUAGAUGCAUUUCUUCCAGAAAAUUUCGAUUCGAUUGAGCGACCGACAAUACACUCGCUCGUUCGUUCGCUCUCCCAUUCUCUCGCUAAGUUCGUUUCGCGAAACGCGUGCGAACUAUUCGGCAUUAAGAGUAAUCGUCCGCUGGCUUACGCAACACGGAGACGCACUAAUUGCCGCAGCACACACGCAAUCUAAGCUUCAAGGUACAAAUACGCCGUCGAGUCGUCUUUACGUGACAAGAGUCCCACGAUUCGUACGCGGCCCAUGCCGAAGACAGCGGAUUUGUUGGACUGUUCGUUUGUGGAGUUGUGUUUGUGAAUGGGUUUUGAUCGAACCGGAUAAUUAGUUCCGAUUAACAUAGAGUAAGCGAACCUAUUUCGGAACAGCACCUGUUUCGAAACACUUUAAUUUUUUUCCUGUAUUAGCCGUCAAAUAAUAUCAAAGUUUCAUGUUAGUACAUGUUCUUUGUUACUAACAUGAAAAUUUGACGGCUAAUAUAGGAAAAAAAUUAAAGUGUUUCGAAAUAGGUGCUGUUCCGAAAUAGGUUCGCUUACUCUACUUUCGAUGGUGUCACCUCAACGGAAGAGGCUAAUAAUAACCAUCGCAAGAUGUUAGGCACGAUAAAACAUACGGAAUAAUAUCCAAACAUAUGUCUAAAAAUAAAACCUAAUUGAAAGAGAUAAGGCCAAUAACAUACAAAAUAUGAAAUAAUGCAUUUGUUUUGUCUUUCACGAUACUGAAUUUUGCUAAUAAGUAAUAACAAGUGAAGGGAGAGAUUAAUAUAUCAGAAGAGACAAAUUUUAAUAUUUGACACUAAUUAAUAUUAAAGGGGAGAAGAGAGGAGAAUAUUAAUAUUAAUUAAUUAAAUAAAUUAUUAGUAAUUAAUAAAAAAAAUAUCGGUUUCACAUGGCGGGUGAAAAUGACGUUUUAAUAGUCCAGAAGAAAAUUUUGACGCCGAACACUUACACAUGAAAUAAUAUUAUUCUUCUAUGUUUUUUAUUAUUGCGCCUAAAAUUCUGCGAUGGUUCUUAUUAGUCUCUUUUAUUAACGUGUGGUUAAAUACCAGAAACCCUCAUAUCUAUACUAGCUGUUUCAGCUGGUAUCGGGGAAAUCGGGGCUAGAUGUCCUAUAUUUUAGAAUUUUGAAGUUACAACUUCUCAGGUAACUAAUUGUUGUGACUGACUGUAUCAACAAGAGGCUUCUUUUAUGUAUUAAAUGUCCACUAUAAUCCUGUUAAUCGUAUUGUUUUGUAAUAACCAAAAUACGAACAUGCAGUAACACAACCAUCUUGCUCUGGUAUCGGGUUUAGAUGUUCAAUAGCUCAGAGUAAAGAAGGCCAUGUAUAAAAUAUGUAUUCUGUUCCCGCGAAAGGCCUCUGUAGUCUUCUUGCCAACCUUUGAUUAUGGGCCAACUUCAUCUCGUCCGCCUAUAUGCUUUAUUUCAAUCGUUUUACGAAUGAAAAUUGCAUCUAUUGCCAGAAAUAGUAUAUCAUGCACCAGUGUGGCUACUUAGAUAACAUGCAUGUCUAAAAGAUGUCGAAAAAAUAUAAAAAGACAUCUUAUGCAACAUUUUGUUGCAUAAAACAUCUUUUAGAUAUCUUUU